AGCUAAGUGACGCCAUGUCUGUGAACACAGCCAAUCUAACCUCGGUCUCUGCGACAUCCCUGCUCAACAACGAGACGGAGGAUCGUUUUACAGGAGGCUUCUGCUCAGAUGAUCUAUGGGACACAGAUCUCCUGGUGACCUCCAGCUGGCCCCGACUGACCUCCUGUUUCCUGCACACAGUCCUGGUCUACGUGCCGUUUGCCUGCCUCUGGUGUCCACUUCCGGUCUACCUCUACCGCCUGAUCGCCGCGGGGCCCAGACCGCUGCCCAUUUCCUGUCUCAGCGUCUUCAAAAUGACAACUAAAGGCCCCAACUAUGACAGCGCAGAUCUCGGUCAUGGUCUUGCUGUGUCACCGUGUCGCUGA